CCCCGGGAUUUCGGAUCGCUUCGUUUUUAUACUACGUGCACGUACAGCAAUUAACGGUUUUUUUUCUUCUUCUUCUUUUUUCCUUCGCUCCUCCAUGCGAGUUCAUCCCUCGCUCUGAGGUUUCAGUAUAUACGCGCGUUAUUGCCGAGGAAGAAAAAAUAUAGCAUACAUCAUGACGAAGACGAUCGCUUACCGGUUUACCUUUCUCGUUUGCGUGCUGUGCUACCUUCAGCUGGCAGUCGCUCAGGUGACAUUUUCAAAGGGCUGGGGUCCGGGGAAGCGAGCGGCCCUCUACGACGACGACUGCAGGGUCAACUCGAAAACUCUGACGCUGAUGUUUCACACCUUGAUGGCCGAGCUGAAGCGUCUGAUGGCUUGCGAUCAUCAAGCGACGGUCAACUACUUGCAGAGCGUCGAGCACUGAGUAGUAUAUACAUUUACCCAUCAUUAUAUUAGUACACGGAACGAUUCGGCAAAACUAUUCA